AGCAGGCUUUCAACGUGACAAACUCAUUCCAAUCUUAGUCUCGUGUGUAUGAUGAUUAUCCAACGUGCAGCAUUUCUUGUCUCAGUGCUCAGUUGUGUUUCAGUGAUUUCUAUCGAGUUUAAAGGAAAUUCUACGGGAAAUCUUCGUGGAAAUUCAACGGAGAAUGUGGGUGAAAACUGGGAGAAAAAUGUGGGGGAAAGUGUGAGUGAUAAAGGUGGUAAAUCUGUGGGGAAUCAAAAUGAUAGAGGCGGGAGAUUUGUGGAGAAUCAAAAGUUUGAUCAUGUGGGUAAAAAUGAACAAAAUGUGAUUGAAAACAGUACAGUACGUGUGAUGGAAGAUUAUUUGAAUCAAUUGGGUGAUAAGGUAGGUGAUAGUGCUGUGAAAAAUGUGGCAGAAGAUCAAUUGGAACAUGUGGGGAACAAUAUAACUACAAAUCUAGUGGAGCAUAUGGAGCUAUAUAAUGUGAAAUUAAAUUUUGGGAAUAGAGUAGAAAAUUAUAAGGAACAUGAGGGGAAAAAUGUGGGUAACAAUAUAACUACAAAUCAAGUGGAAGAUAUGGAGUUAUAUAAUGAGGAACAAAAUGUGGGGAAUAAAGUAGAAAAUUAUACGAAAUAUGUGGGGGGAAAUGUUGGUAACAAUAUAACUACAAAUCCAGUUGAACAUGAGGAGCUAUUUAAUAUGGAACAAAAUGUAGAAAAUAAAGUGGAAAAUUAUAUGGAACAUGAAUUGGAACAAGUGGAGAAAAAUGUCGGUAACAUUAAAACUACAAAUUCAGUGGAACAUGGGGAGCUAUAUAAUAUGGAACAAAAUGUAGGGAAUAAAGUAGAAAAUUAUAUGGAACAUGAAUUGGAACAUGUGGAGAAAAAUGUGGGUGAAAAUAUAACUACAAAUCCAGUGAAACAUGAGGAGCUAUAUAAUUUGAAAGGAAAUGUGGGGAAUAUAGUAGAAAAUUAUAUGGAACAUGAAUUGGAACAUGUGGGGAGAAAAGUGGGUAACAUUAUGACUAUAAACCCAGUGAAACAUGUGGAGCUAGAUAAUGUGGGGAAUAAAGUAGAAAAUUAUAUGGAACAUAAAUUGGAACAUGUGGGGAGAAAUGUGGGUAACAAUAUAACUAUAAACCCAGUGAAGCAUAUGGAGAUAGAUAAUAUGAAACAGAAUGUGCGGAAUAAAGUAGAAAAUUAUAUGGAACAUAAAUUGGAACAUGUGGGGAGAAAUGUGGGUAACAAUAUAACUACAAAUUCAGUGAAACAUGUGGAGCUAGAUAAUGUGAAACGAAAUGUAGGGAAUAAAGAAGAAAAUUAUAUGGAAGACGUGGGGAAAAAUGUGGGUAACAAUAUAACUACAAAUCCAGAGAAACAUGUGGAACUAGAUAAUGUGGGGAAUAAAGAAGAAAACUCUAUGGAACAUGUGAGGUUAGAUAAGUUAGAUCACGUAGGGAAUAAUAAUAAAAAUAUGGAACAUGUGGGGAAAGAUGAUAGAGAAAAUACAGAGAAUAAACCUACAUCCUCUACGAAACAAGUGAGGUUAAAACAGUUAGAUCUCGCGGAGAAAAAUUACACAAAUUCUGUAGAACUUGUGAGGGUUAAACGUGGGCCUACUCAUCACGUGGAAACAAAAGUUUUAAACCCUGUGAAAGUGGAGAAGAUAUCUGAAGAGAAAAACGGGGGAAACUCUACUGAACAGGAAAAGGUAAUAAAUAAAGUUAUUGAUAACCAUGGAAAUUCAAGUACAAAUCAACUACAAAAUACAACUUCAAUCGAGAAAGAUUUGAGAACCAACUCCACAGAUCAUUUGGUUGCAUGGAAUGUUUCAAACCUUGAGGACAUUUUCAAAGGUGGAUCGAUGAAAUCAGUUCCAACAGAUGAUAAAUAUAAUGAUAUCAGCUUCAUACCAUCUUACCUCUCGUAUAACAGACGUGAAAUCGACUCACUCCUUUUCAAAAAUUGUGGCAAAAGAAAUAAAAAUGGAGUUUUGUUUGGGUGCUUCACGAAAUGUUGUGAAGUGAAUCAAGUGUUGGCGCCAAAUAUUACUUGUAUCCGAGUGUCUCUAAACGAGAGUAAUGCUAAUUAUUCUCAAUUCAACCCCUCUAUAGACUCGUUGUAUUCUGAAAACUUGGUUGAUAAAACUGUUGAGCUUGCCGAUAACCUCGUUGUACCCCAAGGCAUCCCUUGUCGUAAAGGAGAGAGGUUUACUGUCAAAUCGUUUGACAACACCAUGGGUUUCUUCAUUGACAACUACAACGGCAGCCUAAAAGUGACAGAGAAAAAACGUGGAAAACAUGUUUUUCUCAACCACAAACCGAUUCUCGACUACUGUAUUGAUAAUGUUGUUGGAGACAACGACAAAUAUUAUCGUAUGGCUGUAGUUUGUUGGAAAACGACAAAAAUGUACCGCAAAGAAAAUAAUCUGACAAAUUACGGGUUCGUAUCGUACUUGGAUCCGUCUGACCCAGAGGACUAUGUUUUGAAUAGGCUCUUCUUUAUUAUAAAUGGGAUUUUUUUCUCAGUAGUUUUAAUGGUGUACCUGCUGCUUCCUCAGCUGAGGACUCUGAAUGGAUGGUGUAUCAUCUGUUUUUCUCUGUGUUCUGCUGUGGCCAGUUUUGCACAUUCAGCAGUUUUACGUGGAGGAUGGGGUAAAACUGCUUGUCACCUUUUCCCAUAUACUGUGGCUUUCUCCUUCCUUGCUAGUUUCUACUGGUUGAACGUAAUGUGCUUCGACAUUUGGUGGGUAUUUUGUGGCUUCAGAAAAUCUCAAAUGCAACCGAGCAAACGUGGAAUGGACUCGAAAAAAUUUCUGUACUACUCUAUCUACUCAUGGGGCAGUGCCACUGCCAUCAUAAUCCUGGUUAUCGCCACCGAAUCUCUGCCAUUCAUCUCCGAGCAAUGGCUUCUUCCCAAACCAGACUUCGGCAAAACCAAAUGUUGGUUUGAAAGUAAACCAGCGAUGUGGACAUACUUCUACGGACCAAUGGCUUCAAUACUGGUUGCCAAUCUGUUCUUUUUCAUGACUACAAUUAACAAAAUAUUGAAAAUAUCUAAAGAAACUAGAGUUUUGACUCACGAUGGGAAUAAACGUCAUGAUGAGAAGGAAAAACAGAGGUACAUGCUCUACUUCAAACUAUUCCUGGUUAUGGGCAUAACAUGGGUGUCAGAAGUUGUAUCGUUUCACUUCGGCAGCCGACAGUCGAGUUUUGUGUGGAUUGUCACCGACGUCUGCAACACUCUACAAGGAAUUCCCAUCUUCUUCAUAUUCGUCUGGAAGAAGAAGACUUUGCGACUUUUGAACGAUCGAUUUUGUCCGUCAAUCAGAUUGAUGGACGCCUCACAGAGCUCAACAAAAACGCGCGAAACAACAAAUGUGACAAACAACAAUAUUCACUCAACAGCCAACAAGCAAAACGUUACUAAGAUGGAUAGUUCUUUUGAAAUGAAGAAUUUGUCACCUAACGGAAAAGUUAAUGGUGAGAGGUAAAUUGGUUGGAAAGCUACGAUAAUAUAGUGAGGUCCACGUUAUAAUGGCAGUGGAGAAAGAUAGGAGAAAAACGUUGCCGAACCUCUGUCUUGUCAAUGCCUUCUAUAGACGGUAGGUGAUACAGGUUUAUUGAUGCAAUAUUAACGGUUCAUUUUUGUUUAAAAUAACCAAUUAUAUUUUAUUAAGCAAGAAAUUAUAUUUUUCAUGAUGAAUUUUCAUAAUUAAGCUGAAUUAUUUUGUUAAUUCUACAUUGUUAAAAGACGAUCUGGCAACAGAGCAAAGCGAGAAAGAGAUAGCGCUAUCCGCUUUGUUGGAUGAUAGACAAGGAUAGCAAUACCAUUGCUAAUCAAACACUGUCAUUAUAACGUGGACCUCACAGGUAUCUACUAUCUACAAGGCGUUGGAAAAAGAGAAUCGGCAACCCUGUUGUCCUAUAAUUUCCACUGACUUUAUAACUUGAAUCUCACUAUAGUGAGUAGACAUUCAACUAUAGAUAAUAGAUAUUCUACUGAUAUCCUAUUUUAUCAGUGUCGUGUUCCAAAAAAUUGAGAUGUCUUGUGAAAAGAAAUAUUAUGUAUCUUCCGGUUUACAAGACUUCAACAUAGUUAUUGAAAAAUGGAGACCCCAGAUUUUAGUUCGGGGAAGAUUUAAAAAAAAAAUCUAGUCAUGGCUCUGUAACUCUCAAUUUUUAUACAAUUGUAACUAAGAGCACAACAUAACUAGUAUAUAUAGUACCAAAGAAACCAAAUAAUGUUAGAUUUAAUGUGAAUUUCAGUAUACUGUAUCCGUAUCCUUAUCUCUAUUUUAAGCAUUACGGUAUCCUAUUAUCAUUAAUUAUUAUUACUGUAUCUAGUUGUUAAUCAGUGGCGCCAUUUCACCAAACUGCUAUGGGGGGGGACCAAGAGGUUUGAAGGGGGGGAGGAAUACGCCCAAAGGAUAGAGGGUCCUGGGUUUUCCCAUAAAUGUUACAUUCGAAGAUAUUAUUAUAUGCUUCAUUUUCUCCAGUUUUAUACAAAUGUGGUUGAAGUAUCAAUACAAGCAUAUAGGCCUACAUUAUUAGUAUGAAUCAUGAAGUAUUUAUUAGAAAUAUAGGCCUACAGAGAGGCCCUAAAGUAGGAAUACACUGAAACAGAUUUCUUAAAAAUCAUGGAAAAAGAUAAAUUUUUCUUUUACAAUGACAAUUUCAACAAUUUCAUUGGGGAUCUAAUUCUAAUUGGAAAAUAACUUUUAGUUAGAAAGCUAAAGAAACAUUAAGCUGUUCCCAUAAUUCUCACCAACUCUGUACAUACAUUAUUGAUUGUCUGACAUAUUUAUUUUAUUAUUGAUUGUCAUACAUUAUUAUUGUGUCCUUUCUUUAAUUUUGCUUUCACUGUGACAUCUUGCAACUUGUUAAUUCUCACGUUGAAAUUUAUGCAAUAACUCACUUAUUGUGCCCUCAUCAAUAAUUGUACCCAUUCUAUAUUUAAGCUUCAACUAUACCACAGAGAAAAAUAUAUUCUUUAUUACUCCAUACCCAUACUUUCAAGGCAAUUUUGCUACAUUGUUGAUACUGUAGAAGGAAUUAUACUACUGCUGUUUAAAAAAAGUAUUAAAUCAGUAUGAGUUCUAAGGAUUCGUGUAUAUAGACCCGCAUUUUUAUUAUUCAUCUGAUCCUUGGGGGGGGGCCUAGGCCGCCCCCCUGCCACCCUAAAUGGUGCCCCUGUUGUUAAUUAUAAUAAAUUUGUGUAUUAAGCUUAAAUUUUAAAUAACACAUUGGUAAGUAUUUCGAAUACUGCAUUGUAAAUUAUUGAAUACUUACUAUACAUACUCUUCAUGUUAUAUAAUUAUUAGUAAAUUUUUGUUCAA